AUGGGCUUUGAAAUGGAAGAAAAAGAGGUGGCAGAUGAAACCAUGCAGCCUCUCAGUCUCAUGCUUCUUGCUCUCCUUGCGUGUAUCAGAGGUGCCCACUCUCAUCAGGCAGGGGAAGAGCUGUCAGACAACUUUCUGGAGGUGCCACCUAGUUACCUGGAUUCACAGACAGAUGAGUCAAGUUUCAUGUCACAACCAACAACUGAUGAGAAAAUGGCACUAAAUGCUUUGCUGAGGACAAUUCUUCACAACAGACCUGCCAGGAGCUCCUUUCUCUUCCAGCCCCAGAGAUUUGGCAGAGAUGAGCGCAGUUCAAUGUUAGGGGACAGCAGGAUCCAAUCGCGAGGCUGGGAUUCUAUAGCACCUCAGUUCUGGAGCAUGGCUGUCCCCCAGCGCUUUGGGAAGAAGAAAUGACAAGACACUCAUGCUGACUAUUCCCUUCAUGGCUAGGACAGGUUACAAUGGAUGAGGAGCUUUUGAAGCAGGACAGGUGACAUGAGCAUUUGCAGAACCAUGUCCCAAAUAAAUGCUGCCACUGUCUAACAGUCAAUUCGUUUGUAAACAUACCAAAUUUAUCUUGCUCCUUUAGAUAGAAAGUGCCCACUCCCUUUUGUCAUGAAAACUGAAGCAUACAGGCAUUUGUAUUGCUCUCCUAUCAUGUACACAGCACUUGGGUUUCCAUGGGUGCUGUUUAGCAUUAUCAGCCUACACGUGCAAAUCCUUUCUCAUGCUCGUCAAUAAAAUCAUGUGUUGACCAAA